UAAAAGGGCCGCCGUUUUCGAAGCUCCUCGAAAAUCUCAUGAACAAAGGAUGGAUCCACUCCUCUGGAGACGCUCAUCUAGUUUUUAUUGUACCAAGCGAGAUUUAUGACAACUUCCCAGAGCAGAAGUACUUAUCUACGACAGGGACAGUCUAUAAGAGAGUCCCAAAGCUGAUACGGCCGGUGAAGCAAUUCGUGUUGAAGAUUGAUUUGAAAUCAGCAUCGACCGGCAAAUCACCAGGGAUCUGUGGCCCAGCUUAUUGAGUGGAGACGCAGCGUCUUCUCCCCAUCACUGCAAUAGGACAUGCAUGUCAACAUUAAAAUUUUGGAAAAAAUUA